GCCUGUAGCCUUUUGAGAGCUGUUCACAAAUUUUUGGCAAUGGCGGAUGUUGUGUCGCUGAUAAUUGGAGCAAUUCUCUUUUUGAUCUUGUCACCAGGGCUGCUGCUGCAAAUCCCCGGCACGGAGAGGGCGGUGGAAUUCACCAAUGGUCGUACGAGCGUCGCUUCCGUUAUCACGCACACCAUCGUGUUCGUCAUUCUGCUCUACUUGUUUCAGCUCGCCUUCCAUGUCCACUGCUGAAACUGGAAAUUCGUAGUAACUACUCUGUCUACUAUUCCUUGUCUUGAUCAAUAAGAGGCGAUUCAUUCCACUCUACUUGAGAUUCAAUGGCGCACAAAUACCAACGAUUUCCUCCCCGUCUUCAAGGGAGCCGAGCUUCCAAUCCGGGUCGCCGUCGCGUAUGGCAUUCACUUCAGUGUGAUCUACGAAGAAUUCCGUGUUUAUCCUGAAGCCGGUAAUUUCUCGCUUGUGGAUGUAAGGUACCUGUACAAGGAGAUGCGUGAGAAAUAAAAGAGAGUAACAUUU